AUGGCGCCCUCCGCUCUGCUCCGCGCCGCCCUCCGCCACCGCGCCCGCAUCGCCGCCCCGCUCUCGUCCACCUCCCCGCUCACCCACACGCCUACACCUCCUCCCUUCCCCGAUCGCAUCCCCAACCCCGCCGCCCGGCGCCACCUGAUCACCCCAAGCCGCCGGCCAUGCCCGCACCCGCCCUCCUCCGCCUCGGCGGCGCCGUCCUCCUACUACAUGGACAUGUACAGGAUCCUGCUCCGCGCCAGCUUCUCGCACCCGCUCUCGACCUCCUCGCGCUCCACCGACCAGGGAAAGGAGAAGGAGAAAGAGGGCGGCGUCCCGCCGGUGUCGGUGUCGUGGGUGGAGACACAGAGGUGGCUCCCGGAGGCGGCGCGCCCGUACGGGAUGCUCGCUCGCCUCGACAAGCCCAUCGGCACCUGGCUCCUCGGCUGGCCCUGCAUGUGGUCAAUCACAAUGGCGGCAAUGCCGGGGGAGCUCCCUUACUUGAGAAUGCUGGCGCUCUUCGGAUGUGGAGCUGUGCUCCUCAGGGGCGCGGGUUGCACCGUGAAUGAUCUUCUCGACCGCGACAUUGAUAACAAGCUACGAACAGUCCAUCAGUUUUCAGUGAAUUCAUGUGUGGCAUCAGUAAAGCUUUUACUUGGAAAUAACAACUGCAUGAAACAUAAUUAG